UUUUGUAAUUUCGUGGAAAAUAGUUGAAAAGUGAAAGAGGAAAUUAACAAUUCUGCRAAAAAUACUUAACAUGAGUAAGAGAAAAGCCUCAGACCAGAACCCUAACAAGGAGUUUUGUGAUUUUUUAAAUGAACUUGCAGAAUACGAAAAAAAUGUUACAAGACAAAUCCACAAAUACAAUGCUUACAGGAAAGCAGCAUCAGUUUUGGCCAAGCAUCCCACUAAAGUAAAGAAUGGGAAAGAAGCCAAGGAACUGCCAGGUAUUGGUGAUAAAAUUGCUAAGAAAAUUGAUGAGUUUUCAAAAACUGGCAAGCUGGAGAAAUUAGAAAAGAUAAGAGCUGAUGAAGGUAGUAGUAUUAUCAAGGAUCUUACACGUGUCUCUGGAAUAGGUCCUGCAGUGGCUAAAAAGUUGAUUGAUGAUGGUAUUAAGAGCAUAGCUGACUUAAAGAAAGCACAAGGAAGGCUGAACCACCAUCAAAAGAUAGGAUUAAAGUAUGUGGAGGAAUUUGAGAAACGAAUCCCAAGAGAAGAAAUGGUAAAACUCAAGGAUAUUGUGUUGGAGCAUGUAGAGAAGUAUGACAAGAAGCUUGUUGCUACUGUAUGUGGUAGUUUUAGAAGAGGUGCUGCGACAAGUGGUGAUAUUGAUAUUAUGCUUACUCAUCCAUCGUUUACAUCAACAUCCAAAACGUUUGAGAAGAAAGUGCUGCUGAAAAAUUUGGUCUCGAAAAUGGAAAAAUCCCAGUUUAUAACAGACACACUUUCACUUGGAGAAACUAAGUUUAAUGGUGUUUGUAUUUUACCAUCGCGGCCUAAAGAAAAAGCACCUUUGCAUAGGCGCAUUGAUAUCAGGCUGAUUCCUCACGACCAGUAUUAUUGUGGYAUUUUGUAUUUCACUGGAUCAGAUGAAUUUAACAAAAGAAUGAGACAUGAAGCUCUGGAAAAAGGAUUUACAAUCAACGAGUAUUCAAUAAGGCCAGUGGGAAGCACAGGAACCCCAGGAGAACCAUUACCAGUAUCAUGUGAAAAGGACGUCUUUGAUAUCAUUGGUAUGAAAUACAAAGAUCCAGAGGAAAGGAACCUUUAAAUGUUUUUGAAAUGCACAGACAUUUGUGUGAAACACAGGCCUGAAAGGCAAGUUGGACAUUGUCAAUUCACAAUAAUUAAACUAUUGUCAUGCUUUCCUUGAAAAACAUUUCCUUUUAAAAAAAUUCAGGAAAAUUUUCUUUCGUUUAAAUUUGUUUCAAAUUAUAAUAACGUCAUCCAGACAUUGCGUCAUCAAUAUAAUGAUAUCAUCAAUUACAUUUUUAUUAAGACGCAUACAUAAAGUCAAACAUUUUUAUUAUAUCUUACAACCCUAAGACAACAUAUCAAAUAUUCCUCAAUAAUAAAAAAUUAAAUUCAUGGAAAUAAAUAAGAAAGUGUAUAAAAAUAGCUUUAGUAAGUAACUUAAUGUUCUAUACUGUCUUAGAGAUAUCACUCUUAUUUACAAUUUGRCAAAAUAUCUUUAAACUCAUAAAUAACGAUAAAAAAAACUUCUUCGGCAAUAAUAAGUUAAUUGGUUUUAUGGCAGAUCAMAUCUGCAGAUAUUUUACAUCAGACUGAUUGAGGAUCUAGCAAAUAAAUAUGUUAUACUGUAAUUACA